UAAUUCACAAUUCAACAGGGAAUGCUGACUGUGACUUUGACGGCCUGGCUGCCAGAGCUUCAUCCUCUACAAUGCACCAAACAAUUGCAAAAAUUGGGUCAAUGCAUAGGUCCAACCAAAGCUCAACAGGGUAUUCUAAUAAUGGGUCUUGGCUUUUUGUCCAUAGGCUCAGGUGGGGUUAGGCCAUGUAGCAUUCCUUUUGGUGUGGACCAGUUUGAUCCAACUUCUGAUGAAGGAAGAAAAGGAAUCAACAGCUUCUUCAAUUGGUACUACACCACAUUCACAGUGAUCUUCUUGUUCACUCAAACUGUUGUGGUUUAUAUCCAAGACUCUGUUAGAUGGGUCAUUGGCUUUGGCAUGCCAACCUUGUGCAUGUUGUUCUCAAUCAUAUUAUUCUUCAUUGGAACAAAGAUUUGUGUGCAUGUCAAAGCAGAAGGAAGCCCACUUUCUGGCAUUUUUCAAGUUCUUUCUGGAGCUUAUAAGAAGCGUGGGAUUAAGCUUCCAUUGGACAGUGAAGUAGGUCCAAUCUUUUAUGAUCCUCCAUUGAAGGGGAUUGUAUUGACAAAGCUUCCUCUCACCAACAAUUAUAGAUUCUUAAACAAAGCUGCAAUGGUAUUAGAAGAGGAUGAACUAAAGCCCGAUGGAACUUGUGUGAAUCCAUGGAGGCUCUGCACCAUCCAGCAGGUCAAAGUGGUUAAAUGUUUGAUUAGAAUCAUCCCAAUUUGGUCUGCUGGAAUCAUUAGCCUCAUUUCAAUGACACAACAAGGAACAUUCACUGUGUCAUAAGCCCUCAAAAUGGAUCGUCACCUUGGACCACACUUCCAAAUCCCAGCAGGCUCAACGGGAGUCAUAUCAUUCAUCACAAUAGGGCUAUGGCUUCCAUUCUAUGAUCGAUUCCGAGUACCAGCCCUUAGAAAAAUCACAAAACAUGAAGGUGGAAUCACACUUCUCCAAAGAAUUGGAAUUGGGAUUGUGUUUUCAAUUCUAUCAAUGGUUGUAGCUGGAUUGAUUGAAAGGGUGAGAAGGGCCUCAGCUAUGUUGCACCUGCAACCCCUAACCACAACCCUUAGGGGUUGCACCAAUGUCAGUCAUAUGGCUAGCACCACAGCUUUAUUUUGAUGGGGUUUUGCAAGGCUUUCAAUAUCAUUGGACAGAUUGAAUUCUUUAACAGGCAGUUUCCUGAGCACAUGAGAAGCAUUGGGAAUUCACUUUUUUCUUGUUCCUUUGCUGGAGCUAGCUACCUGAGUAGUGUUUUGGUCACCAUUGUUCAUCAUG